AUGUCUUCCCAAUCUGGAGCCUCCCAUCGCGAUGACGGUCUCGAGUCCCCUGUCCCUCAUCCUACCACUCCAUCCGAGAAUCGGACAUCUCACUUCAGACUGCUCGAUCUCCCCCCAGAGCUGCGUUUGAUUAUCAACGAGUUCGUGCUAUUCAGCGACUUCGAAGAGUGUGCACCAUUCUCACGCGGUUCUCUUGUACACCCUCUCUAUUACGUCUCUCGUGAGAUGCAAGCCGAAGUUGAGCCCACGUACAUCAAAGCGCUCGACAACUACGAGGAUCGAGUCAGGGACACAGUUCACGUGGCACUUAAGAGAAUGGCUUCUACAUGUCAGGCAACUGUGGAUCACUCAGAAGCGAUGCGCCAAGCUGAGGAAGCGGGCAACAUGACCCGCGAGGAUUGGCGCAAGGGGAGGGUUGUCUCCCGAGAAUUGGAAGCGGAGAGACGCGAGGCGAUGAAUGAAUGGUUGCUCCUGGACAAGAAAGGUGCCAGACGUAAGCUUGAGAUCGAGCUGCAGACUACGAGGAUCAAUCUGGCGAGGGCUAGGGAGGAGGAGGACGAGGCGGAGGAGGCAGAAGUCGACGAGGCAAGCGACUCAGACUGA